AAAGGAUGGCAGGAUUCGAUGUUUGAUAGUGCGAAGAGGGUCACUAUACAGGUAUGGAGCAAGAUCAACUAUGACGUCAUCCAGAGGAUCCAUCUACCAGGAGCAACAGAACUCACAAUUCAAACACAUGAGUUUGAACGUCGACCGGCUGGUUUGCAUGAGGAGCCCACUUCACUACCCAAUGCCAUCCUGAUGAUCUCCCCUCAGCUCGUCAAGGUGACAUUCAGGGAUCUUAACAUUGGUAACAGUAAGAUGGAACUAAUCUUACAAGCUUUCAGUUCACCACACAACCUCAAACAUCUGAAGAUUAUCAGAUUCAUACGAUGCGGUUCAGAUGAGGGCGUGGAUGAUGUCAUAAUUGCUUGCAAUAAAGAUCAGGUCAUGGAGGUGGAGGUGGAGCAUGGCAAACCACGUGGUCUUAACUUUGCUUAAUCAUAGAAGUGGCACCACACUCGAUCUGACGAAUCAGACGGAGCAGACAACCUUUGCACACGAACAGGAAAUAUGGGCGGAAAUGAAAAGUGCCUCAAACACAUCAUCAGAUUUUUUUCUUUGGCAAUUUUCAUGCAAUCGACUUUAAUAUUCAUCCACUGAAUCACGUUGACAUUCAUAUGAUUUAGACGGAUGUGUAUGCUUUACAUCGGUAUUGCAGCUUUCGUUAAUUUGUUUAAGAAAUUGUGAUUUUGAUUUCCCUUCAAAAUGUCACUCUCAGUGUUCAUUCAUUUAAUAUACACAGGCAAUAUACUUUAAAGGGUGUUAGGCCUACUUGGAUUAACACGGUGGAAAUCUCAAAACUUGUAAAAGGGCCAAAAUGUUGUAAAAUAUCAUUGUUAUUGUUUUUUUUAAUACAGUAAUAUUUCUUUUCGAAUUUGAAUUGUUCAACUGGCAGUGCUUUACACGCCAUAUUUGCUAUGUAGGUUUCAAACAAGGGCAGGAGUUUUAGGGUAAACCUUUUGGAGUAGUAUCCACAGAUAGGAAAUGAAGGAAUGUAUCUAGUCAUGUAGGCCUACAUCGCCCUUCCAAAAAGGCCAAUGAAGACCCUUUUAAUUCACAAAUAAAGCAAUCUAUAUUUGUUUUAUCCAAUAUCUCUUGUAUAUGAACUGUUGCAUGUAUCACAUAAAAGGUUUCUUAUGAUUUUUGAUUUUCAUUUUGAAAGGGAAAACAAUCUUGUCUGAUAUAUUUGAGUUGCUCAUUUUGUCUGUUGAUAAUUUGUAAAUAACGUAUCCAAAUUGUAUGUGCCCAUACGAAGGAGGGUCUUUGCAACGCAAGUUAUAAAUUACUGACUAACUAUAAAUUAAGGCUGUAUAAAUGCAUAAGAAUUUGAAAUAUCCAAUCAGCUAUUUUUCUACAAGUUCAUCUAGUGAUUGUACACUAUUACAUGUAAUGCAAGAACAUUAUUAAGAGUAAAUCAUGUGGCAUUCAGCUUAACAUUUUUGAUAUAUUUCUGUAUUUAUGUAACUAAUUGUUUAUUGUAUAGCGCACUGAUAUCACUAGUAAUAGUAGUAGUAGUCGUUGCUUUUGUUGUUAUUGUUGUGGUAUUGUUGAUGAUGUGGUUGUUGCGGCGGUGUUACUAUAUAGUAUUUGUAUUAAUUAGCAUGAUCUAUUCCGUUGGGUAUCAGCAAAAUAUUGUUAACUAGCGCCAAAUAUUGUUUACUGAAAUUGAGUAUUUUGUAUAUAUUGAUUAGAUUAUAAAGAAUGGCGUACGUCGUUUAUUUACAAUUUAGUUCUAUUUUGUUGCACGCAUGACUAACUAACUAUAUAUAUAUAUAUAUUAGAAACCAUUAUCUUGAAUUUAAACGUGAUGAAUUUUAUUCAUCCUCAUUUAUGUAUUGUGAUAUAAAGUGACAAGAAUGUUUGCAUGACAAUUUGAACGUAAAUAAUAUAAUGUGCCUUAAAUUUGUUUACUGUAUGUAUCUAUCUUUUCGUUUAUUGCGUAUAUAUGUUCCAAUGUAUAUGUAGUUAGGUGUAUUUCAAUGAGCAUGGCUAUAUUUGUUGUUGACAUUAGUUUUCAGAAUCCAAUAAUAUUCUGCAUUACCAUGUACAGCGCAAAGGGAUUUAACCGGCAGUAUAAUGCGCUGUAUAAAUAUUUCCUUCUCUCUCUCAACCCUCUCUCUCUCUCUCUCACAUGGUGCACCCGCAAGCCUACUGUAUAAAUAUUUCCUUAUUGUUAUGUUGUUUAAUGAAACCCCUACUGAUCCAAUAAUUAUAUGAUUUUGAACUUAGAAGUAGUCAGACGUUUGUCCACAUCAUUGAAAUAAAAUUAAUUAUACAAAUGUUUAAUUCAAUUAUUGUUACUCCAGUCUCUAAUUCAGAUAUAUAGGCCUAUAUAACCCCCUUCUCUAUAGCUGUCUCUCUUUCUCUCUCCUCAUUGUCGAGUUUUAUCAAUCAUGAACCAGCGCAAUUAACGUUCUUUUUUUAAUUUACGGAAUUUCCUUGCUUCUUUUUCCAUCAUUAUCAUAGAGGUGUCGUAGUCGAGUGGUUUCAUCACUUGACUGGAAAUGUAUAAACAUCUUGUGUUCGAGGCCCUGUACGACACUCAUAUCAAUGAGCAAGGCAUUUAAUCUACAUUACUCCUCCCCACCCAGGUGUUUUAAAAUAGGUACCCGGUGAGGAUGUAAUAGUUAAUGUGAUUGGAAUAGCAUACUAUGUACAUUCACGUGAACAGUCGUCGCGCCGACUCGUGUUAUGCUCUGUAGCUCAUGGGAUUUACCCCUGUAUCCCACUGACUGUAGGUCAUGUCUUAUUCAUUAUCCCCAUCGAUCUUAAAUCGAUUGUUGUGGUAUGCCUACAUGUAAUCUCUACAAGUUCUUGUUUGCAUUCCUGAUUAUUUUAGUUUAAAACAAUUUUGCUCACUACUCUGUUGUAUGUUGUUACUGGAUUUCUUUUCUUUAUAAGGUAGACUAACUUGAAUGUUGUUGGAUGCGAUCAGGUAAACGACUCACGUCUGCAAAGUGUAGAACAUACCGCUAUCUGAAAUCCUUCAUUCCCUUUUCCAUGAGUGCGUGUAACAGCUCACAUUGAAUAACGAUAAUAA